AUGCGUUUGGAACAAAGUCUCCGCCCCGCCGAAUCGAACCCAACCGUCCCGGCGGAGAUUCGUCGGUCGCGUUCAUGCGCCAUUUGUCGAUGGCAACUUGCCACCGUGAUUCCGUCCGUGCUCACUCCUGUCCGUCGUGUGUCGCGCACUACACACCCCCGAGCAAAGGCUCACGCAAAACUGGCUCCUCCGUGCCCGCGGCGGCAACCUCCUCCUACCCGCGCCCGUGGUUUCUUCCCAGCGGAAGCCUCCCUCAAGCAACCGCCCCCCCUAUCGGCCCCAUCUGCCUCCUCCUCUCAUCCGCACCAAACCCCACGCCCCCCACCAAACCAGACCCGGCCGCCGCGCUCCAGUCGAGGGAGCGAGUCUGCGGGCGGGCGGGAGAUGCUGCCGAUGGCCGCGCCCGCCGCCGCCGACGAGCACCAGAGGGGGCGCCGGGGACGGCCGCCGCGCGCCGAUCUGCUCCUCAACUGCGACCUGCCCCCUCCGGCCAAGCUCUUCGGCCCGCUCCCGGCUCUGCACCUGCAGAGGGCGGGCCGGACCGACGAGAAGGGUAACGGCGACGGCAAGGACAGCCUGCUGCGGGCGCUGCGGCUGUCGCAGUCGCGGGCGCGGGAGGCGGAGGAGAAGCUGGCCGCCGCGGCCGCGCGCAGCGGAGGCCUCGCGGCGCUGCUCGUGCGCGACGCGGUGGCGCUCUCGGCGCACCGCCGGUGGGUGAUGAUGCUGGAGGCCGAGAACUCCGCGCUCAGGGCAGGAGGAGGAGGAGGAGGAGCCGCCGGCGCGGAGCCCGAGGAGGAGGAGGAGGAUGGCGCGGGGGCCGCCCGGCACCCGGUGGCCGCCGCGUGGUGGGUCGCGCUGGCGGUCUGCGUCGGCCUCGCCCUCGGCAACCUCCUGCUCUGAAACUAAUCAUCCUUAAUUUGACUUUUGUAUAAAAAUCACCGGACGAUCCACUGCUCCAGGACUUGUUUGAGUCACUCAAAAUGUUACUGACAUCCAGCCGAUGCUUGGCAUGGGAAACCUCGUGUUGUUUUGUGGAUAAACAGACGAAAUCAAGAUGGGGAAUCCUUGGAGGGUUGGUAGAUUGGACCCUGCACGCUAUCAGCACAUUCGUGCCAGUCAGUUGUAGGUUAAUGAGUCAGUUUGUCUGAUUCACAUCUACUUGCUCCGUUCUUAAAUAUUUGUCUUUUUCAAAUGGUUUGCUUUGUAUAUGUAAGACACCGUGCAAAACA